UCUCCCCGUGGCUCCUCUGCCUCUCUCUCUCGCUCUCUCUCUCUUGCCCCUCUUUGUUCCCAGCCUUUGUCAGCCAUGCCUAGUCUGGUGGUGCCAGGGCUGAUGAUGGAGAGGAAUGGGGCCCUGGCAGAGCUCACCAAGGAGCGGGUCCUGGAGGACGAGCGAGCCCUGCAGAUCGCCCUGGACCAGCUGUGCCUGCUGGGGCUGGGGGAGAGCGAGGAGGACAGCGCCAACAACAACAAUGCCAGCAGCGGCAGCAGCAGCAGCAGCCCUGGCACCCAGCAGAAGGGGGACAGCAAGCUGUGUGCCCUGUACAAGGAGGCCGAGCUGAGGCUGAAGAGUUCCAACACUACGGAGUGUGUGCCAGUGCCCAGCUCCGAACACGUGGCUGAGAUUGUGGGCAGACAAGGCUGCAAAAUCAAGGCCUUGAGGGCCAAAACCAAUACAUACAUCAAGACGCCGGUCCGGGGAGAAGAGCCAGUGUUCAUGGUGACCGGACGGCGAGAGGACGUGGCCAUGGCAAGACGCGAGAUCAUCUCGGCGGCAGAACAUUUCUCCAUGAUCAGAGCUUCCCGUAACAAAGCCGGCACCGCCUUCGGCAGUGCCCCGACCCUGCCCGGCCAAGUGACUAUCCGAGUGCGGGUCCCCUACAGAGUGGUGGGCUUGGUGGUCGGGCCCAAGGGCGCUACCAUUAAACGGAUCCAGCAGCAGACAAACACCUACAUCAUCACGCCAAGCCGCGACAGAGACCCCGUGUUCGAGAUCACGGGGGCACCGGGGAACGUGGAGCGCGCCCGGGAAGAGAUAGAGACGCACAUCGCGGUACGCACCGGAAAGAUCCUCGAGUACAACAACGAGAACGACUUCCUGUCCAGCAGCCCGGACUCCGGCAUGGAGAACCGAUACCCGGAAAGCUGGCGGGUGCACAACAAUGCGACCGGGUGCAAGCCUCUGUCGACCUUCCGGCAGAACAGCCUCGGCUGCAUCGGCGACUGCCCGGCAGAACCGGUCUACGAGACGCCCAGGCUCAACGAUCAAAACGAAUUCAACUAUGGGUACCUGUUCCCCAACUACAAGCAAGAGGUGUAUUACGGCGUGGCCGAAACCGGGGGCCCCAUGUGGGGCGGCCAGGAGAACAACAGCUCCACGCCAAGUAUUUUCACCAAGCAACAGCGUUCCGGGAGCAGCGGUACAAUCCAGACCAACUCGACCCAGCGGUCUCCGGAAACCGGCCUUUCUAGCUUGCCGAGGAGGAGCCAGGGGGAGGCCCUUCAGGGAUUCACCAAGAUCAACGCCACUCGGACCUCCAUUUCAGGAAGCCGAGAGUGCAUGGUCUGCUUCGAAAGUGAGGUCACGGCCGCACUCGUUCCCUGCGGACACAACCUCUUCUGCAUGGAGUGCGCCGUCCGCAUCUGCGAGCGCAACGAACCCGAAUGCCCCGUUUGCCAUGCGUCCGCCACUCAGGCUAUCAGAAUAUUUUCUUAAGG